AUGGUCGGCUUUUUCCAGACUUCGCUCGGGGCACACCUCUCUCUCGUUGAAGCUGCUCAGUCUGUGCUUCCGGCAGAGCUCUUCCGCUCGAGGAUGUUAACCAAGCUCCAGUCGACAGUUGACCGCGCAGCCCAAGAUGAAAGUCUGCUGAUGUCUGUGUCCGAGAUUGUAGCGUUCCUCAAACAGUUCUACGGGGGCGUAGCGCCGAUCUUGGAGGUUUUGUCGACUAGUCACCUUGUCCGGGCAUUUCUCGCGCUUUCCCGGGUAGAGUUUGCGCGCGAGGUGUGUGCUUCAGCAGCUGCGAAUGCCCCGAUGCAAACUGUCACACAACGGUUGGAGCAGGCGUUGGAGCAGACGGCAGCGUCGCCUGAAGCGAUCUUCGCACCAGUCUUGCGCUCUCUUGCGAUGCACUCGAUGACUGCGAACGCCGCUAUCCCUACUGAGGUCGAUAUCAUUGCUGGAUGCCAGGCGUUGGCUGUGGGCCUUGUCAUGCAGCGCAAGCUUCGCGUGUUGCUCUUCCAGUGCGCGUCUCUAAUUGACGAUGCGCUAUCAGUGGUCUUUUCGGGGCUCUACAACGUGUUUGAACCGGUGGACGCCUUCGCGCACCGGUUUCUCGGAGUUUGCCUCACGCACCUGGCGCAGUUCACCCCGCUGUUUACAGUCUUCCCCCACUACUUACAAGUCACGCUCGCUGCGUACCCAGCCAACGCAUCUCGCCAAGCGCUCACCAAAGCCUGCGGCGCCAUCUUCGGCUCACUGUUCUACUCGGAGGCUCUCAGAAUGCCGAUAGGAGGUGACAGUGAAAUUACGGAGACGGCGCAGCGCUUGGUCCUGUGGGCAGUCCGCAAGUGCUGCGAGCGGAGCUCCGAGCUACUGACCGAGGAGGCCAAGCGCACGGAUGGAUUGUACCUCGCAGGACUGGUCUUCGAGCUGAUGAAGAUGACGCCGAUGAAUAUCCUGCAGGCGAGUGCAAUGGAAGCGGAGCGGCUUUUGGCUCGCUGGAGGAGCAACCCUCGGAUUCUGCGCGAGUUGAAGAGCGCGCUAUUUGCUCGGAUCUCUCAAAACUGCGAAGCUGAGAAGCGAGCGUGGUUCGCCGCCUGGUACAUCGAGGUCGACAGACUCUAUCCAGUCGAACCUGAAUCGGCCGCCAAGCCCAUGACGUCGUCUCGCCUAUAG